AUGUCGACCACCUCGAGUCUCUCCUCUCUCUCCCUCUCGCCUGCCCGCCUCCGCAAACUAACCACCCUCCCCACCACCCUCCGCCGCCUCCUACACACCCUCCUCGCCCUCUCUGCGGAGUCUAUCCGCCUCAUCAUCGCCUUGUCCACGCUCGUCUGGGUCUGCCGCACCUCCCGCGCACGCUACGCCUCCGAAAUCGCACGCGUGCGCAAGAACCCCGAGUUCCAUAGGGUUAUGCGCGAGGAGAUGCUCCCGAACUGGUAUGUGUGGCUCGAGGGGCUGGGGAAAGGGUGGGAGCGGGUGCGUGGGUGGAAGGAGGGGGUAAGGGAGUGGAAGAGCGUGCUGGGGAGUGUGGGCAGGGCGGGGAUGACGCCGGAGAAGGCGGUGCUUGUGCACCAGGUUGAGCUGAGGAGGGACAAGGAGCGGUGGAUGAAGCCGCCGCCGUUCGGGUUCAUCCGCAUUCACUUCUUCUCCAGCUUCGACAAGGGCCGGUACCCCUCCGGGUCGGAAACCUUCGUCGCACCCAACGCGCGGCUCGACGUCCAGCUGUACGAAUACUGGGGCGCGGACCUGCGCGAGGUGAAGGCGGCGCUGGGAAUCGAGUCUAUCGCCUUCAUAACAGACACCACGCCGUUCCGCACCACCUUCGAGACGACGUACGACGACCGCCUCUCGCUCCUCGCAGCCGUCGAGCUCUCCAAGAACUUCACGCGGCCCAUCCGGAUCUUCGUAUGCCCCCUCUCCACCCCCACCGCCCACAUCCGCACCCUCUCCUCUACCUUGCACCUCCUCCUCUCCGCCUUCACCCUCCUCUUCCUCGCCCUCUGCGGUCUCCCACCGCGCGAUCCCAUCCAGGCGUCCCUCGUACACACCUCACCCUUCCUCGGGGCGUGCUCCUCCCUCUCCCUCGCCUCGCGCGCCGCGCAGGGCCGUAUCGUCCACAGCGUGCACCUGGGCGUGCAGUCGGGGGUUAAGGCGGUGAAAGGGGUGGUUGGGCUGGUGGUAGGCCUGCUGGCGUGUGCGCUGGUCCUCCCGCUCGUUCUCGGGUCGUAUGCGUUGUUAGGCGCCGAACAUGGCGCGCGGCUCGCUGUGGCGAGCGCGGUGAAGGGUGUCGUCCUGGCGAGGAGCGUCCCGAAGGAGGGAUGGUUGGUCCUCGUCGGGGUUUGCUGGUUUGUGGCGGCGGAAUAUUACUCGCUGAGGGUGUGA